GAGGGGGUUUUAAAUGCAAGCGACCGUUAACGGCCGGGACGAGUGAGCGCGAAGCGUGUGACUUGAGUAAUGAGUGUUCAAGGAUGUAUCACAACAGUACACAGAAGAAAUGCUGGACAUUUCAUAAUGAGGAAGAACUGGAAACGAUGAGAACUGAAGCCAAUCAGACAUUUCGGGCCAAGCUUUUCGGAAGUGGAAAGUUCCCUCCAAAUGACUCCACACAUUUGCUGGAACCUCACGAAGAAGAAGUACUUCGUAAAUACUAUGAAAAACGACUGUUGGACUUUUGCAAUGCAUUUAAGCCAGUUAUGCCCAAAUCUGUGGUGGGUACGGCAAGUAUGUUUUUCAAGAGAUUUUACUUGAACAACUCCUUGAUGGAAUACCACCCGAGGACUAUUAUGUUGACCUGUGUAUACUUGGCAUGUAAAGUGGAUGAAUUUAACGUCUCCAGUUCACAGUUUGUUAGUAAUCUUUGGGAUAGUCCUGCGGGUCAGGAAAAGGCACUGGAACAGAUCCUGGAGUAUGAACUCUUGCUCAUUCAGCAGCUGAACUUUCAUCUGAUUGUCCACAACCCAUUCCGACCUUUUGAGGGAUUUCUUAUUGAUCUAAAGGCUCGAUAUUCAGCGUUGGAAAACCCAGAAGUUUUGAGAAAAAUGGCAGACGAAUUUCUCAACCGAGGAACUAUGACUGAUGCUGGCCUUCUAUUUCCACCAUCACUAAUUGCAAUAACUGCUAUCCAUUCUAGUGCCUCCAGAGCUGGUAUUAAUAUGGACGGUUAUUUGAUGGAAAGCCUCCUGUUAAGAGAUGAUCGAGACUGCCUUUCACGGCUAGUUGAAGCAAUCAGAUGUAUAAAGACCCUAGUAAAGAAGUAUGAUCCUCCCAAACCUGAUGAAGUUAAUCUUCUGAAACAGAAGCUGGAACGUUUUCAUAGCUUAGAUCUUGGCUUCAGUACAAAUCUUAAGAGAAAGAAAGGAUACGAGGAAGAUGGAAUCAUUUCAAAGAAAACCAAAAUGGAAGAGGAAGAAUGGAGUGAUGAAGAUCUAGCAGACACCAUGUAAAUUGCUGAUGGAAUUGACUGAUCUCACCAAUGAUCUGCAGCUCAUUUGAGGCAUAUGACCAACCCAAGGAGGAUGUGGCUUUAAGAUGAGAUACACUUCUAAAUAUGUCAAGUUAAAUUUCCACUGCUGUAGUCAACUAAAUUACAUUUCUCUGAAACUUGUUUGAGAAAAUGUAAGUCAUUGUUCCCAACGUCUUCAGAAAAGAUCAUGCCAAAAUGUAUGAUUGUUCAGUUCACAGUGACAGAUUAACCAAGAUUGUGGAUUAUGGAAAACAUUUGAAAUAAAGAUUUGCUUUGUAAAUUUUCAC